AUGUCGUCAGCAUUUGUUGAACUUCUUCGUAAAUCAAAUCUUGAUUAUAUUGUCACACGAAAAUCAUUGAAAGUUGGUUCGCAUAGUGAUGAUAUUAUAUUUGCUUCAUUGAUUGAUACGAAAACAAAAACAUUACAAUUAAUUGCAUGUUUGGAUAAAUUAGAAUCUGUUACAAUAUGGUCAACAGCAUUAGAUGAACGUGCAUUUCAAUUAAAUGCACGUCUUUUAGAUAUAACAGAACUUGGUGAAACAAUGAUUUUUCUUUCUGAACGUAUAAAUGAAUCGGAUUUUACUCUUGCUAAAGCUUCAAAAACAAAUAGUGAUAGUCAAUAUGAAGUUUCACAAAUUAAUGUAACAUUUACACAUCCAAAAAAUAAACAAUCAAUAACUCUUCAACUUUAUGAAAAUAUUAAUGAUGAAGAAAAAGCUUCAUUUUUAAGUAAAAUUCUUUUACAUAUUUAUAAACGUAAUGAACAAUUAUCAGCUGAAAUUAAAACACAACAAUUACGUUUAAAAGAAUUAUCAAGUAAAACAGAACGUGAACAAUUACGUUCAAGUGGUACGAAUCGAAUUUUUGAUGAUAAUAAAUUACUUGAUUCAAAUAAUCAAAAAAUUAAUAUGAUGAAAUCACAAGAACAUACACCAAAGAGUUUAAUUAAUCCGACUAUUAAACGACGUAAAGCAGCAACCGGUGUUAAUUAUGAUGAUGAAGAUAGUGAUUAA